CCCCGAAACAAAUUAUGCCAGAUAACCCCCCAAAUAGCAUCGGUCCAUGCAAACCCCCGAACCACAUUGCGCCAGGUAACCCCUCAAAUAGCAUCGGUCCAUGCAAACCCACCGAACCACAUUAUGCCAGGUAACCCCCCAAUAGCAUAG